AUUAUAAUAUAUUGAGUACUGAAUGAUUGUCGCUUGUUCUUAUUAUUUGAAUUAAUAUAUUGUUACGUUGGCUGCAUUCUACGAGACGUAAACUUCUGCGAAAUUUUGGAUCGUGAUUUUGGCGGUAGUAGAUUUUCAAGUAUUAAAUCACAUUUUUGAACAUGGUUGGAGACAAAAGUCAAAAUGUAGAACUAACAGAUCAUGAAGCUGAAUUAUACGAUAGACAAAUUCGUUUAUGGGGUUUAGAAUCACAGAAACGGUUACGAGAGGCGAAAAUUUUAUUAAUAGGCCUAAAUGGAUAUGGAGCAGAAAUAGCAAAAAACAUUAUUUUAGCAGGUGUUAAAGCAAUUACAUUUUUGGAUCAUAGAAAUGUAACAGUUCAGGACCGGUGCUCACAAUUUUUAGCACCUAGAGAAUUACUUGGAAAAAAUAGGGCUGAAGCAUCUGUGCAGAGAGCACAAAGUCUAAACCCUAUGGUUAAUGUAGAAGCAGAUACAUCUAAUGUAGACGAUAAACCAGAUAAGUAUUUUAGCAAAUUCAAUGUAGUCUGUGCAACACAAUGUACUAUUACGCAAAUAAAGAGGAUUAACGAGGCAUGUAGAAAACAUAAUACUAAGUUCUUUAGUGGAGAUGUAUGGGGAUCGCUAGGUUAUACUUUUGCUGAUUUAAUGACUCAUGAAUAUGCAGAAGAUGUAGUACAAACAAAGAAAAUACAAAUCUCAGAAAGCGGUGAACCUAUGGAAAAGGACAAAUUUGAAAAUAUUGUUGUAACUGAAAGACAUGUAGACACUUUUGUACCUUUUAAAUCAAUUUUAAAUAUUACAAAAUCUUCUCUUCCUAAAGAUUCAGAAAUAUAUUAUAUGAUACUAAUAAUGCUCAAUUAUCGUGAAAAGUAUGGCAAAGAUCCAUUGCCCAGUGAAAGAGGUUCUGAAGAUUUUGUGGCUGAAGCUGCAGCAAUUAUUAAAAAAUACGAUCUUGACGAUAAAAUAAAUCAUCUAGUCGAGGGUGAUUUAUACGCACAAAUUAGUCCAGUGUGUGCCAUUGUUGGAGGUAUUAUGGGUCAAGAAAUAAUUAAAACAGUUUCACAGAAAGGUACACCACAUAAUAAUUUGUUUGUUUUUAAUCCAGAUACAUUGUGUGGAAAGAUUUUAAGAUUAGGUCAGUCAUAAUAAUUUUGCAGGAUGGUAUGUUCUAAGUGCUUUUUUGUAUUACCAACUAUUUCAUAAUUUCUUACCUCAUGUUUUAUUUCGUAAGAAUGAAAUAAAUUUGCUAAAAAAUAAA